AUGUCUCCCGUCCCAGGAACGCAAAUUUCCAAGCGCAGGAAGUUCGUCGCUGACGGCGUCUUCUACGCCGAGCUCAACGAGUUCUUCCAGCGUGAGCUUGCCGAGGAGGGCUACUCCGGCGUCGAAGUCCGCGUCACACCCACCGUCACCGACAUCAUCAUCCGAGCUACCCACACUCAGGAGGUUCUCGGUGAGCAGGGCCGCCGCAUCCGCGAGCUCACCUCCCUCAUCCAGAAGCGAUUCAAGUUCCCCGAGAACUCCGUCUCCCUCUACGCCGCCAAGGUCCAGAACCGUGGUCUUUCCGCCGUCGCUCAGUGCGAGUCCCUCCGAUACAAGCUUCUCAACGGUCUCGCCGUCCGCCGUGCCUGCUAUGGUGUCCUCCGCUUCAUCAUGGAGUCUGGUGCCAAGGGUUGUGAGGUUGUCGUCUCGGGUAAGCUCCGCGCUGCUCGUGCCAAGUCCAUGAAGUUCACCGACGGCUUCAUGAUCCACUCCGGUCAGCCCGCGCUCGACUUCAUUGACAGCGCUACCCGCCACGUCCUUCUCCGACAGGGUGUCCUUGGUAUUAAGGUCAAGAUCAUGAGGGGCUCCGAUCCCGAGGGCAAGAGCGGCCCCCAGAAGACUCUUCCUGAUACCGUCACCAUCAUCGACCCCAAGGAGGAGCAGCCUAUCCUUCAGCCCGCGUCCAUCGACUACGGCGCGAAGGCUGCCCAGCUCGCGGCUGCCCAGGAGGCGCAGAGGGCGGCGGAGGAGGCUGAGGAGGCUCCUGCGGCUGAGCAAUAG